AUGGAAGCAGCUUGGUUGUUUGCAUCGGUGUCUAUUUCCCUACUUUUUCUAGUCUUCAAACUUGUGUCCUCAAGAGGACAACAGUAUAACCUCCCACCAACCCCAGGACUUAAACUUCCUAUAAUAGGACAUCUCUAUAUUUUGAAACAACAUAUGCAUCGCACUCUUGGAAAUCUUUCUGAAAAAUACGGUCCUAUUUUCUCUCUACAAUUAGGCAAGCGUCUCGUUGUGGUGGUGUCAUCUCCAUCCGCGGUGGAGGAAUGCUUCACUAAAAAUGAUAUCGUGCUUGCCAACCGCCCUCCUUUAAUGGUUGGAGGAUAUAACUGCACUACAAUCAUUGAUUCCUCUUAUGGCGAUCACUGGCGCAACCUUCGCCUUAUUUGUACACUCGAAAUCUUCUCCUCUAGCCGACUCUACAACUCUCAAUCCAUUCGACAACAUGAAGUUAAGCUUCUUGUGCACAAGUUGUUUCUAAGUUCCAAGGAUUUUGGUGCCACGUCUGUUGAACUUAAGUCCAAAUUUUCUGAAUUAUCCUUUAACAUCACCAUGAGAAUGCGUACUAAGAAGAAUAUCGUCAAGCAGCUCGGCCGCAAAAUGGAUGAAUUCUUGCAAAGUUUAAUUAUUGAUGAAUACCGUUGCGCGGAGAACCGAAAUACAAUGAUUGAUCAUUUGCUUUCUUUGCAAGAAUCACAACCAGAAUACUACACCGACGAAAUCAUCAAAGGAAUUAUAAUGGUUCCAGAUAUUAUUGAGCCGGCGGGUCCAGCUCAGGCACCAGCUAUGCCUAUUGUGAUUCCAGGCCUUCAUGAGGCUUUAGCCCAGAUAUUGACUGUUUGCACUGGCCUUGAUCAGGUGGUUUCAUCUCAGGCCGCACCACCCAACUUUUAG